CCUGGCCGUUAAUAGGAGAGCGGAGAGCACGGAAUGUCCUCGUAAAAGCGAGGGAGAGGGACAGCGAGAUUGAAGGGGAUAGACGAGGAGAGGACACGGAUGGCGGGCUGGUGUUUAAAGAAGGACACUCGAUAUAGGAGGCAUUGUACCCGGUUACCGUCAGCCGUUCCAGGUGCUGGAGGGCAGUCGGCUCUCGCCACGGGACGGGCAUAUACGCUUGCAUUUCCUUCUCCGUGCCAACGAGGGGAGAGAAAGAGAGAAAAAAAAAAAAAAAAAAAAAGAUCAUCGCGCUUGGUUCGUUGAGCGCCGCGUGUUUCUCAAAGACAAGAACGCGAGAAAAAAACAUAAGAGAAGCGACGCGCGACUUCUGGCGUGCUUCCCUAGUCAGCCAACGCAACGGACCGAUCGUAGCUAACGUGCUCGUCGUCGCCGCCGUCGUCAUCGUCGUGGUCGUGGUCGUGGUCGUCGCGAACGCCGUCGUGUGUCUGCACCGGGACGCACCAGCCGGCGAAACGCGUGCGAGUGGGAGAGAAUCGUAAGUGGGAGAGAGAGAGUGUGUGUGUAUGCGUAUGAGAGAGAGAGAAAGCGAGUCCGAGUAUAAGGCAAAAGGGGGGAAAGAGUGAAAGAGAGAGAGAGAGAGAGAGAGAGAGAGAGAGAGAGAGAAAGAGAGAAAGAGAGAAAGAAAGAAAGAAAAAGAAAGGAAAAGAAGGAGGGAAGAAACGUCGACAGGGACGGCUGUGGAUCGUGUGCCGGUCUGCAGUGCGACAUUCGACGACACACACACUCGCCGCUUCCCGUCCUUCCAUCGCAGCACGCCAAGUUCUAAUCAACUUUCGCGUAUACACACGCUCCUCCGUCCAAAAAAUCUGUUUACCGGAUCUUCGUUGCUUUCCUUCACGCUUCCGAACGUCGUUCUCUUCGUUUCCGCGACUCCUUCGACCUCGACGCCUCCGAGCCGCCACUCGAUCGACGCCGAACGUUCGUCGAUACGGUUUGCCGAUCGUUCACGCUCGCGCGGCUAGUCUCUCUUUUCUAGCUCCGUGGAAAGAGGAUCGAGGGGAACGUUCGUAAGGGCCGGUUUCUAGCGACGCGACUUCGACUCUGAUCGAAACAAUAAGCAGCAGACGUGUCGUCACUUUUCUUCGUAAACCCUACGCGAAUUCAGUUGGUGAACAAGUGAAACGACGCGUUCGAAACGUCAACAAAGGAAUCCCACGGUUUUGUGAAUCGGUUUGCGAAAGAAAGGAAAGAAAGAGAAGCCGACCAACCGUUUUUUGCUCGCGCCCGGUAGAGAGAAUAUCCGGCUGAUUAUAAACACAAAGAGUUUCCACGCGCAAACGAACAGGCAGACACGCUCGUUCCAUUUUUUAACGCUGUUUUUAUCGUCGAUCGUUAAAAGAAACGAGAGUUGUAUACAAAGGAAAAUACAGUUGGAUCGGACGAGUGCAGCCGUGAAGACCUCGGCAGAGAGGAUGUGCAGGAGGUCGGCCUGGUGAAGCAGCCUGGUCGAUGUCUUCCAGGCGACGGUCGCGUCACGGACGGGAUGCGAGACGAGCCACGUGAAUGUUGUACGCCGUUGAACCUUCCUAUCCGCCUGCCGAAUUAUUCUGGACCGGCAUGGAGCCCGUGAAAGCCAAAAUGGUCCCCACCGGGAUGCCCCCAGUCACCGGGGUCUUACAGCCACCCGCGGGCUCGACGCUGUCAGGGACCACGAUGGCGAAUUACAAGAAAAGCUGGUGGAGAAGAGUGGCCCCCUGCUUGGCGUUCCUUGCCGCGUUUUCCACUGCCAUGGCCUUGCUCCUCGUCUGGAGCGAGGCUGCGGCCUUGAGGAGGCAGGCGUUCGACGCCAAUAUGACCAGAGAUUACGUGUUGAACAGCGUCUCGAUGGACAAUCCGGAAUUGGUCGCGUAUAUCAGAGAAGUUCAAUUGAAACCCACCACGCAACAGGAUCCGUCCAACGCCACCCAAACAACGGAGGAGAGGUACGUGGCGGGUCUGACCGAGGGAAAACGCGAGGGUGUGUACGUGGAGUACAUAAGCAGGAUAGGCGCCAUCUCUAGUACGGGCUGGUUGGAACGUAACUUAAGUUGGAGAGGCGUCCUGAUCCUGACAGAUCCUAGAAGCUUCUUCGAGGCGCAUAGAAGCACCAGAAACCCAAAGACCAGAGUUCUUCAUGCUUGCCUCAGCACCGAUAAGGAUACCAAAGAGAUUACUUAUCACCAGGAAUCCGAAGUUCAAGUUACUAAAUUGGGCGAGGGCCCGAACAGUCUUGUGUCGUCGGACGAAGGUUUACCGACCACGAGAUUGAAAUGCUUCCCUUUGUACAGCGUUCUGUUGGCCUAUAGUGCCACCACUUUGGAUUACCUGAGUUUGGAUAGUCCGGAUGCGCAGGACGGCCAGGUCCUGGAUACGAUUCCUUGGGAGACGACCAGGAUAUCCGUGGUGUCUAUCCGUUGGAGUCCUCAUCAUAGCGAAACAGAGACGAAAAGCCUGAUCGAUAAGAUGACUAGCAGGCGAUACAAGUUGAUGUACACAACCGACACCGGGAAAUUGAUUUUCUUGUACAACGCGUUGCUUAAGAUUUGAACUUCCUUGACUGUGCUUACUUUCGACACACUAGACGAUUCUACGUUCACAGGUGCUGUCCUUGAGGAACAGGAGAAUUUAGUUGCGACCAGGAAUAUUUUCUUUUCGUGAUUCGAUCAAAGAUCGUUCGAUCGGAACAACGUCUGUGAUCUUUGUUCGACGAUGAUGCGAAAUCGGAUCAUCGAAAUGAUCUCGAUUUCAUUAUCGAAACAGAACGACACGGACCUCGUUAUCGAACGUAACUUUUAUUUUCCAUGGAAAUAAUAUAUUUCUUGCCGCACGCGCAUACGAUCGUAGAAUAAUCUACAAGAUUUCUUUUGUCCGUUUAAAUAAUCGAUCAACGAUCCAUGAAUCAGACUAUGCUUUUUCUUCGUUUAUUAACCGUUUCUUUGCUUUUUUUCACGUCGAUUUAACGGACACGUGAUAAAGACUGAAAAACCUAAUUUUCCAAACUAUCGUUACCCAAAAACACGACGCUGAUAGAUCAUAAUCGUCGACACGCGAGCCUCCUUCCGGCGUAUGAUUCCGACGUCGAUCAAUUCUUGCAGCGAAAAAGCUCGCGUAUUAUACCUUACAGUUUCUUACACAUGAUUCGAAAUCGAAAGUAUAAGAUAAAAUUAAAGAAAAAAAAAGAGAAUCAAGAGAGAAAAUAAAGCGUAUUUAGUUUCAUAUUUUCGUAUUUUAGCGUAGGUUCGUUUUAAUGUAACGUUAAGCCAGUAUCGGACAAAGAUGAUACCGGUGCAAUUUUUACGAGUAAUCGUAGAUUUUAUUUUGUCAAAGAGAGAUCGGCAGACAAUUGCAAUAAUCCCCACCAAAAAUUCGAUCAUUACCCGCGGUUCAACGAGCGCUAUCACAAUGAUAAUCGAUGAGUUAUUCCGAUUACCCACACCACAGGCCUUAUUAGCACGUAAGUCGAUACUUAGUUAAGCUAUACUAGGAUACGAUAAACUGGUUCUCCUCUGUUCCUCGCCGAUGCGAUGUUAUCGUUCGCCACUUUACUGAGUCCUUGAUUUCUCAUUGUUUUUACGGGACCGGGAUAAAAUACCUUCUUUAUUAAAGUGGCUCGAGCUUAAUUGACACCAAUCAUAUUCCAGCUUAAAAUUGCCUUUCGUUAUUGAUUUUCGCAUCGAUGGUGUUUUCCAUUAAGGGCGGUUAGCCAACCAUUAUCCUUAAACCCACAAUCAAGAAAUUGCAUUUUCGUUUCAUUUUCUUUCGUCCGAUUAAACAUCAUCGAUCGAUCCCUUCAUCGCUCCACCAAGGAUUUCGUAUGAAAAUUCCUUCAAUCGCCAUCGCGAGAAACUUAUCAUUUCGAAGAAAUCAAGAAAUCCUAUUGAAUCAAAGGUUAAAACGGUAAUUACGGUAUAAUAAAUUCCGUCAGACUUACUAUUUAAACCGCUCCAUCGAACAAAAGUUCUCCCAAUAUCGAUUCCGCAGGAGCAGAGGAAAUCCGGUUUCACGAGCGCGUCCAGCGUGACGACGCUUCGAGCAACGAUCCACGAUUCUAGGGAACGGGCGAUACUUAAUUACCCUUACUUUUCUUACGAUAAACUUGAUAGAGUUUAUCGGUAUGAACCACCAUCGAGUGUUGAGCAAGCGCGAAUUUAUUUUCAGCCGGAUGAUUCGACCGAUAAUUACUGUUCGGGGAAAAAUUAUCGUUCCUAUUUCGAUAUCGGCUCGUUAUCCGUAAUAUUCAAUCGGUAUUCGGGCAGAUACGACAUUAAGUAACGAUGUAAGUAUCGCAGACAAUUUACGAUACAUCCUACGACCCGUUACUAUCGGUCUCGUCGAAAAUUACGCGCUGUGCUUGCGUUUAUUAACUGUAUACACACAUUCACACACACACGCACGCAUAUACGCACUCACUCAUUCACUCAUUCACUCACUCACUCGUACAAGUUUCAGUGAUUUUGUACUUACGUUAAUAUAAGUUUAUCGACCAUCGUCUCCCCGAUCGUUUCAUUUAAUCGACGAAACGCGUGUUUCUUUUUACUCAUUUUCUUUUUUUCCUCCCCUAAAAAGCACCUCGAGAACAAUACGUUUCUAUCAUUGUAAGUCUGAGAGAAACGAACGAAUUUUUUUGGAAAACGAUUAAGAUAUUUUGAAAAUUCGCCGUUCUUUUUUUUUUUUUUAUACUUAAAUGAAAAAAGUUGGAAAGUGUACUUUUGUUUUUUAAAUAGAAGCGGUAAUUUUGAGAAA